GAGUGUGGAUGUGUGGUGUUGCUAUGGCGAUCUGUUCGUAGCGCAGGCCAAAUUAUUGGCUUAUCAUUGAGUGACUCAGUAAUAGUUUUAGUUAUCAAAAUGAAAGAUAAUUGGCGCAAAAAUUGUCAAUACUUGAUAUGUGAGUGCAGAAGACACAUAAUAUACGAAAUGCCAAGAAAGAUGCCAGUCUUGAGAUACUCGGUAGGAUGGUUUGUGUUGACCACUGCUUUCUUGAUUCUUGCAUUACGUCCAGACGGCGUCAAUUGUAAUUAUAAUGAUGUUUUUCGGACUUCAUGGCGUAACAACCGUUCGCCUCCCCAAGACAGCAAUAUUUGGGAUAAAAUCAAAUAUUUUUCAAGAAUUGAUUUGAAGUCAGAUGUUCAUAAUCGUGAUAAUGUCAUCCAUGACAUCGGUGACUCCAACGGACUUCGUUCAAGAAGGUCAACAUCCAAAUACUACUAUGCCCGAGAGGAAUCUCCUCACUACAUUACAAGUGAAAUUCAGGUGCCGAUUGGAGAAGAGAUGAUCAUAGAACCUGGAGUUGAAAUGCGGUUUGAUCCUGGCGUCGGUAUCACAGUCCGGGGAGUUUUAACUGCAAAGGGUACGCAGUAUGAUCGCAUCACCCUGACAAGCAGUGCCCCGCCUCCUGCUCCCUUGGGCAACCUGAAGGCACGUCUCGUGGAUGGCCCCACUCCUGUCCUGGGGCGGCUCCAGCUCUUCUACAAGAACCAGUGGCGGGGUGUCUGCACCAACUCCAGGAAUUGGACAGCAGCGGACCUGUCGGUGGUGUGCCGGCAGAUGGGGUUCACAGGAGGCCAGUAUCACGAGUGGCAGGACAAGCCCAACAACGACACCAAGAGCCUCCUGCUGGAGACGCCCGCGUGCACUGGGGCGGAGAGCAGCAUCGAGGAGUGUGCCUGGUACAGCAGAGCUCUGGGUGGCGGCGUUUGUGACCUGCACCCUGACCUGGGCGUGGCGUGCGGAGAGUAUCACGCAGACUGGAGAGGACGCCACUACUGGAAGGGCAUUGAGUUCCUCGACGCCGAGUUCACCAAGGAGCUCCAGCAGGAGCGCACUCAGUUCGUCAAGGUGUCACGGUCACGUCUGUCCCACAUCGACAUCCUGCACGCGGGCUACGGCCCACGACGUCAGGUGACGGCCGCCGUACAAGCCUUCAGUACUCCACCUCGUCUCGACCAUAUCACCAUUUAUGGCUCGGUCUACAACGCAAUUAACUUCACCAUGCCCGGCACUUUCAUCACUCUUUACGCCGCUAAUAUCACCGGCAACAGAGGCUUCGGUGUGUACGUGAACAGCUCGACGGGUGGCGUGAGACUGGAAGGAGGUUCAGUGGUAGCCAACAACCAGGCGGACGGCGUCAAGUACAACUUCCACCAUCGGGAACCUAUCAAGUCCGCCGACGAUUCCUUCAUGGAUUUCUGCAAGGGCGCGUACAACCUGCAGCAGACGUACCCUCUCGUCAUGAAGGCUGAGCAGGAGCGCAGGUCUUUCAACCCCAUCAUCUGUGAGAAGGUGUUUACGACACAAUUGGAGGACUACGUGUUCACGCUCCACUUCAACUACAUGCUUAACGACGAUGAGUCUUCGGCGUCUUUAGAGGUGCGCGAUCGGGACCAGUUUGGAGAGCUACUCACGCGUUUCAGUCUUAAGAACAGAACAUAUCCCGCUUCUGUCGUGUCCAGAACAAAUCAACUUUACGUUAAGUACAGGGCCGCCCCCAGGAAACAGGCUAUCAUCUACAUGGAGAUCAUCGCGGGGCCGAGUAAAAUACCAGACCUUAGCAUCAACGAAUCGCAUGUCUUCAACAACCUUGGCCACGGAGUGUCCGUGGAGAACUUGCGCAGCGCAGUUUUCGUCCACAAGUCUAACCUGACCGGCAACCUGUUCGGUUCUGGCCUAAACGUUCGCGGAGGUUCCGGUGACGUGAACGUUACCUACUCUACCAUAUCGGAAAAUCUUGGCGAUGGUGUAAACGUGACGUAUGAAGGCGGUCUCCAGAACGUUACAUGGUCACGCAUUUCCGACAACAAGCUAAGGGGGAUCGCAAUCUGGUUCAACGAGACCGAUCGUAAUACCAGCUUGAGACAAGAGACAGGGAUUGCAUAUUCAGUGAUCGACAGAAACCUCGAGACUGGUUUGCUUGUGGGCAACUUCUGCCGCACGGCAUUCCUCAACAUCACCAGCAACACAUUCUCAAACGGGGUAGAAGCCGCGGUAGAAAUAGGCUCUUGCUGGAACAAAACAGAUCAGAUGAGAACUGUUUUGAUCACUAAUAACCUCUUCAGUAAUAAUAAUAAACUUGCGAUCAAGAUUGUUCCGGCAGUCAAUAUGAACCUCUCAAUUGAAUGGAACCGCUUCCUUAACAAUAAUCUAGGAACUGUUCUGAUUCGUAAUAAAGACCUGCCACAGCUUGAUCUGCUGCCUCUAGUGAGCAGAAUAUCAGAUAACAUCUUCCGAAGAAAUACAGGUAAAUACGUUUUGCAGCUUCGUCUCUCAACUCCUGGCAUAUACCAGUCACUGCUGCUGACCCGCAACAUAAUACAAGACAACAUCGUGCGUGAACCUUACGAAACAAUGACAUCCCGCAGCCAGGCGGCUGGCGUCGUGUGCCUUGGAUCCAAUAACAUUCAAGUUUAUAGAAACUUAUUGGAAAAUCCUGAAUCUCCGUACGAGCUUGCCUCACAUUCACUCGACCAAAGUGACGCAAUAAACUGCACCUAUAAUUGGCUUGGAAAGAAACUAGAAAAUGACGUUUACAACCGAAUUUUAGACAGAAGAGAUCGGUACAACUUGGCUUUGAUAUCUUUCCACCCGUUUCUGCUUAGCGACAACAAUAUGGAGACCCCAGUAGUUAGCAAUGCCCAGAUGUCCGAGCCUAGCUUCUUCGAUCCUUUAGACAGAACUUUAAUCGGGGGAGAAGUCAACGGAGAAAUUGUUCUCACUGAACCCAAGUACAAAGUAAAGAAAGACAUUUACGUGCACACAACAGGUGACUUGAAGAUAGCUUUCAACACAGUGUUGGAGUUUGAAGAGAGUGUUGGAGUUAUGGUUGCUGGUGUGAUGAGGGCUGAAGGUUCAACAACCGGACGUGUACGUUUUACUUUAUCCGGCACCACUGCUGCUGAGGAGCAGAAAAAAAUGGAGAUUGCGGCACGGGAUGAAUAUCAGAAUGGAGUAGAGGAGGCAACCGACGAUGAGGCUCUUGCAGACGACAUGACCGAGCGCACUUUCGACAUCUCAUCGACGAUACCAGACGUGCAUGUGAAGCUCGCAGGCGGGCGUGACGGCUUCGAAGGUCGGCUCAUGAUCUACAGCGGAGGUCGCUGGGGCAGCGUUUGCAGCCACGGGUGGACGGAGGAGACUGCGGCGGUGGCCUGCCAGCAGCUCGGGUUUGUCCUCAACCCUGAGGACUGGCUGCUGCUGCCUGGGGACUUGCCUCAGGAGGGACAAGACGCGCCCAUUGUCAGAGGCAACGUAGUUUGUGACGAAUUCGACACAGACGUGUCACUGUGUCGGAGUGACGAUGAGUCAGAGCUGGAGAACUCCUGUCGUCACACGGACGACGUGGGCCUGCGUUGCUACCCUCGGUCCUGGGCGGGCAUCAGGCUGGGCAUCACAGCCAAGGAGAGCUACCUUAAGAACGUCAUCAUCGAGAAGGCGGGACUGCUCGAUUAUUCCAUUAGAGCCUUCAAGCCUGCGCUGCAAGUGGACUUUCACCAGCACGUACUGCAGGAGUUGGAGAUCAGAGACAACUCUCAGGAUGGCGUUGGCGUUAUCUAUUGUGAUCAGUACGCCAUCAGCAACCGAGACGCUCGUCUCUUCGUCAAAUCCAACUUCUAUCGCAAUAAACGUCACGGCAUCUCCUUCAGGCAACUCGGCGCUAACAUCACCGACAGUACUUUUGCUUACAACGGCGGUUCGGGCCUUCACUUCGACCCGUUCUUGCGACGGUCUGACCAGCGCGAGAUGACGGGGUGGCUGAAGCUCCUGCAGUGCCACGUCUCGCUGCCGUCCUCUGACACUCAUGUCACGCUGGAGAAAGAUAAACCCAUACGCAUCUGCACCAGGACCAUCAAAAAUGAUCCUUCGCUUCAACAGACCGUCACUUUCACGACCGACCAGAGAAAUGUGAUUGGAAUCCAAAUAUUGAGUCCCGUCAACUUUGAGAGCUCUGAGAAGAUUAUCAUCUACGACUACCAAGAGGUCACCACUAGGAAGGACGUGUCUCGCUGGGACCUGAGUCGUGACCUGGUGGUGUUCCCCACGACGUCGUCGAGCUACGCGCUCACGCUGCAGUACACGUCGGGCCCGCUGGCUCUUGGGGACGCUAUCAUCCAGCUCACUGCUGUCGACCGCCGUCAUAUGGCCAUGGCUGGAGACUUGAAGAACUUCCGCUCCAAGUGGCCGAUGGUCUUCCUUACAAACUCCGUCCUCAGCAACAACGACAUCGGCCUGUCCACUGUCCACUACAACAGAUACUUGACAGAGUUGGACGAUUAUUUGCUGCGGUCGUCUAACGAGUCCAUCCAAGUUUACAACUGCUCCAUCAAUGACAACCUGCAGCAGGCCAUAUACGUGCUCUCCCCUUACCGUGUGCGCCAUGACAACCAUGACAUGGGAGAGUUCACCAUCAUGAUCAACAAGACGCUCAUCACACGCAACGGCCGCGGUGUGAUGCAGCAGAGCUGGGAUAUCCGGGAGUCGAAUAACCUCUUCAAUUGGGUGUUUGAGUCCGUGACUAUGGAAGAGAACGCAGGCGGGGUGUCCUUGUCUCUUCCUUAUGUGUGGAGGUUCAACGAAAAUUUCACGCAUUCUGUCUACGUAAACGCUUCAAGUUUCUCACGCAAUACUGGAUUCGGUUUCGUUGUGGACGGCCAUUUUGCAAAAGUUAAUAUCACGUUCUCGAACUUUGAGGACAAUACGUGCAAGCAUGGAACUUUUGCCAUGAGGGGCAUGGAGAAAGAAAUGUUCAUUCACGAUAACAAGUUUCUACGAAACGUCGGCACUUACAUGGUGGAAUUUAACAUGGACAGUCAGAGUGGUAUAUUAGGCGACGUUUUCGCUUAUUUUGAGUACAACAUAGUACAACACAACAAGCAUUAUCCUGUUACUAAACUCAAGUCUCGAGCCUUCCAAGCAGCGAGCACCGCUAUUGUCGUGCGUGGCCUCCAGAAAGUUAACAUAACUCACAACUUAUUCGGCAGUAACGAGAUGGACUAUGAGUUAUUGGCUGGUUUGUACACGGCACGCAUCGAAAAUUACAUCAACGUUGAGGCAAAUUGGUGGGGAAGCGACGACGCUUCCUAUAUUAGAGAAAGAAUCUUUGACUUCAAUGACUGGAACAACUUUGCCAUCGCCGACUACCAGCCCUUCUUGAUCGAGAAUAGCUUGAGAGCUGCUGUCAGAUCUGAAGGAGGUGGCCAUGCUCAUGACAAUAUUGAUUUUAAUGCAUUAGGCGGGCAGCUUUUCAACGAUCUCGUCUUAAAAUACCGCCCGGAACCUUACAUUGUCAAAUCUGAUCUCACGGUCAUGCCAGGAAUCACUCUAGACAUCAAACCUGGAGUGAUAGUGGAGUUCUAUCCCAACAUCGGUAUCCUAGUCCUCGGUCGCUUGCUGGCCGUAGGCAUGCGAGGUAACCAUAUACGUUUCCGGCCUGUGGAUCUAUCAAGAUCUGUUGACUAUCGUUACGCGCGUACCACGGAUCAUCCGCUGGUACGAAGAUCUGCGGAUGCUUAUGAGGAUCAAGGAUUUAAUGCCAUCGUGGUUGACAAGGCGAGAGCGACGCGUGCUAUUCAUUCCUCGAGAGGAGCUUCGCGGUUGCCUAUUGAUGUCCGGCUCUGCGUGGAGGGAGACUGUGCGAAACGAAGGGACGGGUUCUUAGAGUUAUACAACAGCACCACACAGCAAUGGGUGCCGGUGUGUGAUGACCGCUUCACGGAGCGUAACGCGCAGGUUGUAUGUCACCAGCUCGGCUACAACAAACUUCACUACUUCAUGGGGCGCGACAUACGCAAUGAGAUGUACCCGAACGCGCUGGUACGCGUCAGGACCUGGCCAGAGCCCAUCCAGUGUCAAGGGACGGAGAUGAGUUUAUCCGAGUGUCCCAUCCGCAUGAACGGACAAAUUUUCGACCACCGCUACGAGUGUUCGUGGAACGGAGACUUCGUGUAUAUUGCGUGUGGCGAACAUCAUUUACCUAACCCUGAACUCGAGCACUGGGGCGGUAUUAGGUUUUCGAUCGCAAGCUUCGAGCACAGCCGUAUAUUCAGCCGUAUCCACGACCCUCACACCCACCACCACGGGCCGUACAACAGCUCAGCAUGGCCCUCCAUCCUCGAGUGGGUUGAUGUGCUGGGUGCUGGUGUGCUGCACAACGAGUUCUCCCCCGCCAUCAUGUCCUUCCAUGACCCACCUAGACUCAGGGGUGUGUCAGUGACAUAUUCUGCCCACGAUGGCGUCUCGCUCAUCUCUGCCGUGGACGCGUUCGACAUGCUGUAUAACAGGUUUGAGAAGAACUUAGGCUACGGGGUCUCUCUCAUUGGUCUCUCUGGUGAGACGAGAGAGUCAGACGAAUCAUCGUUCGUGCCGCUGACGCACGUACGUCUUCCGUACCACGUCUUCGGCAUGGUCGACAUCUGUGACUCUGCCAAGGAAAUGGUCAUCGAGGAACGUGUCUUGCUCUACUACAAAUACGACAACAGACCUGUCGAUUGCGUCAAGAUCUUCUCGUCUGUUUAUAACGUUAAAAAUUUCGGUAUCAGAUUCCUUCAGUUCAAUUUGUUCAACUCCACGUGGGACUCUAGUGCUAUUCUCGACCGUCUAUUACUGUAUGACGGCGACGUGUACAACGAAACCAGCACAAUCAUUGCAUCGCUGCACGCCAACACCACCAACCACAUGAAGCUCUUCAAGACCGUGGGCACCCGCCUGUCCGUACAGCUGCAUGCCACAGGCGCCUCUGGCUCCUUCGGAUUUGUUGCUGAGGUCCUCACGCUCCCCAUCUCAAAUAUCGGCAUUGGUCGUGACGUGCUGCAGAACUUCACGUACAACGAAUACUACAACAACGAAGAGGGGGCGAUGUUCUGUGCCACGGCAGGGGAGAUAAACCCCUGGCUCACGGUAUCCUGGAGUCGUAUCGAGAACAACGGCCUCAAACUCUACGGAAACUUCACCACUACACGCGCUGUUCUUAAUUUCGAUCUGCAGAACGUGCAGGAUGUCUUCAUCAAGAACAACCUGAUCCGUAACAACACGGGCGGUGUUUACAUCCUGACAGGCUCCAUGGGGGCCGCCACCAAACUCCAAGCCAACAUCACCAAUAAUCUUUUCCUGGAGACACAGCACCGGCCUGCUCUCUAUAUUGAAUCCCGCGCCAUGUCAGCAUACCAGCACGCAUCCAUUAGAAAUAAUGACUUCAGCUUCUCUUACUCACCAUACCACGAUGUCAUCACUCUGGCUCAGGUUAUUUCAGAUUUUAGCUACAACUACGCCCAUGCCAACCUAGGCCGCCACAUCCUCGACAUCUACGGCUUCGAGAGAGUGCGUCUACCUGUCUACCAGACUACCUCGCACAACAGUCUCGCCAGGAACCAGGCAGUGGACCCGACGUACCAGGGCACCAUCAUCGUGGGCAGCGCGGGCCAGCAGUUCGUUGACAACGUCUUCUACAACUGGGACAACGCAUACGAGAUGGUCGCUGUCAACGAGUCUGUUCGGUGCAACAUUUCCACCGAGUGCUCGGACAGUUGGAUGUAUCAGCCCGACGUUACAAGCACGUCUGACGUGUGGAAGGCCCCUAUCAACGCGCGCAACAACUGGUGGGGUUUCAACACGACCGUGGCCGUGUCGGGGCGCAUACACGACAGACUCGACGACUACACUCUCCACAGCGUCGACUUCUCCGAGUUUAAACUGAACAACUACACGCUGCUGUUCGGGUGUGAGCCCGGCUAUACGCUCAUCGGGGACGCCUGCUACCACUACGUGGGUGCCCCCAUGACCUACGCUGAGGCUAAGAGCUUCUGCAAGAGAGAUAACGCCUCCCUGCCUUUCCUCCAGAAAUAUUAUGGAGAAGUCCAGUUAUGGCUGAAGGAGAUCCAGCUGGAGUACCUGUGGCAGACGGACGCCGUGUGGGUGCAGCACUACGAUGUGGUCACCGGCUGCGCUGCCUUCGUCAACAGACAAGUGCGCUCCACUGACUGCUCUCUGAACCUGCCUUUCAUAUGCGAGAGUGAUCCGAACAACUCAGUGGACCCGUACGCGUGGGCCUCAGACACGCUGGUUCUUGGUGCCAUCGCGGCCACGAUCGGGUGUCUGAUCCUGGUGGUGGCGUGCGUGUCGUGCUGGGUCUGCAAGAGUCGUGACCGACGCAAGGACAGGCUCUCCAGACGCAGCUCCAUACGCGCCUCCAUCCGCUCCAACCGAAGCUGCAUCUCAACCGCCUCCACAAGCGGCUACAGCAUCGCUAGUCACAACCGGGGCACUCUCGAGAACCCAAACGCUCGGUCCCACCCGACGACCGCAGCGAGCAGCACGACUAACGGCCUGGUGGGGGCGGCGGGGGCAGAAGGGGGGCGGCAGGUCAUGGGGCGCGAGGGUAACUUAAAUAAUGGCCUCAGCAGCUCCCUGGACUCCAUCAACAAGCCUGGCCUCAACCCGUCCAUGAAUGAUGAGGCCGACCUCGUGUCCUACGACUCACGCAGCCGCGACGGUCACUUCAAUGUCCAUCUUGACGACAGAUACGCGCAUGAUCCCGCGUUGGAGAACGCUAACAUCGACUUGAUGACGCGGCCGACGUUCGACACGACGUACCAGAACUCGUACUUCUUGGGCACGUCGCCUGUGGCGUCUACGAACCUGCCGUCAACGACGUGCUUGGCCGACGACAUGGCGAUGCAGCGCGGCCCCGGUAGUGCGCAUGACCAGACGAGCGAGAAGUUCUCAAGCUUCUCUGCAGGGGGCAAGAACGUUGCGGUGAGAAGUCCUCAUUCCCGCUACAGUGUUCACAACUCAUCACGCAACCUUUGGUCUAAGAACCAGUCUAACAUAUACAACACGCUCAGCACCCGCGACGUGUCCCAGACACACUACGAGGUAAUCCCCGUACCCAUAAGCUUGGGGCAGCGCCCUAACACAUCGACGCGACGCAUCAACGGAAACACUUACCAGGCCGUGGCUCAGCAGCAGCAUGACCAGAAUAAGAGAAGACCUAAAUCUCACGUUGGUCUAUCAUCGAGCUAUCGCUUCGGGUCCGUCGGUGGCGGCUCAACCCAAAACCUACAGGAAUCUGCAGCGCCGCUGGCGUCGUCAUUCGGCACUCCUGCGGGUGGCAGCGUCGCGUCAGGCCACUCAUCUGGUAACGGCGUACGUCACAUGAACGACAUCACUCCUCCUGACGAGAUGUACAACACCGCAACCUUACCACGCGACUACCCUCCUAGCGAUUACCCUCCUCCACCUCGUUAUCCUUCACAGGAUAACCUCGUCCACGGCAGUCAGCUCAACCAAUACAGCCAAGAGCUAGGACAACCACCCCAAUACAACCAAGAGCUAGGACAACCACCCUACUCCAGCAGCUCUUACCUGCCUCCUAGCCAACCUUUCCACAUGCAGAGCGACACGCAGCUCGCCAAUAGUAGAUCGCUAAGCUCAAGCCAGCCGCUGGAAACUUCCAUGUAGACCUUGUCGGCUAAGAUUAUUAAUAAUUUUUUGUGUAAAGCUGAUUUUUUUGUGCAAGCUGAUGUGUAAAAAUAUUGAUAACUAAGACGCUUUCAUAACUUCUACGAUAUUUUGUAUAUUUAUUAAUGUGGAAAGAUUUGCCACCAAGUGACUUCUAAAGCUUGCGUAUAUUCUGUGAUUCACAUUUUCCCUACUACAGAGUUUCACUUGCAUGUUUAUGCCUUAAUAAGCUCACUUCAUCUAAUUAAUGUUAGUAUCAAUCACUUCCAGUAGUUUCAUGGGACAUCACUUAGAAUUACGUAUAUUGAUUGCUCAAUCGUUGGCAGGUGCAAUCACUAAGUUAUUUGACAUGCAAUAUGUUAAUUUGUACAUAGUAAUUCUUAAGUCAUGUUUCAAUAUUUCUUUUUCAAUUGCAGCCUAUGAUGCGUACAAAAGAAUGAAAUGAUUGUUGAAUAAACUUAGUUAUAGUUCACUACAAGGACUUCCAGGGCUAGGUUAAGUUCGAGUGAUUCAAUGUGAUUAAUAAAGAAUUAUUAAUUGCCUCUAGAAUUAGGUUCUUCUGUACCUCUAAAUUGAACAAAACUUCUACUAAUAUCAAGUAGCUAUAGUGAAAUUCCGUGCGCCAUUAGCCAUUCAUCGGAUCCUAAAUUUAAUGGCUGCAAAUUUUAGGUUAAACAUUUUCAUUGCUCAGUAGCAUUUCCCCCGUAGAGUCUAUUCGAGGUUAUGUACUCUUAUGAACUUUGUAACGCACUUCACAGUAUCACUGUAAAGUAUUUUAUUACGCACUUCAAUGUUUAAUGUAAUGCUCAUUAAUAACAUGAAUGCUAUCAUCGUGUUAUCGAAGACAGGUGAACUGCACUUUGCCCCCUUAUCGCUGUUUGCAAUCGGAAAGGAAAUAUUUGCCCUAUUUACUAAUAUCAUCAUUCCCAAAAUCUUUAUAGCGCUUUAGCCAUCACAUGACUUUCGUCUCAUUUACGAUGUUGGACUGACCGUGCGUCGAAAACGAACGUUUUAGAAAUUCUUCUGUUGGUUUGCACAUCGCCUUGAAUGUUAUCUAAAUUUUAAUGAAAUGUGCUAUAACUCCAUUUAAAACAAAUGCAAUUUUUUGUGCAUGCAUUAUUUCCCGUUCUUAAAAUUUUUACCUUUAGAUUAGCUUCAAUACGUUUCCUCCUUCAUUGGCCAAGUCUACUUGUAUUUAUUUGUAUAUUUUAUGAGCUAGUCACUGUACAUAAUGAUGGCAUUUUUAUUUUAUAUUUAAUGAGUUCCAAUUUAUAAUUUUAAGAUGCCUGGUCUCUGCCUUUGACUCGUUAGCAAACGAAGUUAACUGUUAUGAAAUACAUUCUUUCAGAUUCUUUGUUUGAUGAUUUAAUUGUAGUUGGUGUGUCAAGAUUCUCCGCAUGCCGUGCAUUAUCUUAAAUGAGAAAAUGUUAUAGACAUUAAUGGCGCACCUUCAUCGAUGUUAGUUUACGUUUGCUUGGCGAUAGCCUAUUGUGCCUUCAAUACUUCGUUGCUCGUGCUAGGACGUUAACCAAACGGUGGCCUGUUAUCUUGUGCUAUUAUCGUCUUCAAGUCGGGCAUUCGAGACGAAAAUUAAUGUUCGAAAGGUGCAGGCGAUAAAUGCCCACUUGAUAUCAAUCUGAAUUUAACCUACAAUUUCUGAAUGUUUUCAUACUUCGUAGGAAAUAUUGUUUAAGGUUAACUGGUGAAAUAUACACUCAGAUAUCGCAUUCAGAUCUCAACUGCCAGACGUAGCUUGUAGGAUGUGUUGAAAUAAACGUGGUGGCUCUGUAAUCACACAAUCACUUAUGAAGACAAGGGUAUGUUGCACAUGCUUUUGGUAUUUUUGUACAAUCUUGAAUGUCUGACGUAUCGCUGUGUUUAUUUUGUACUGUAAAAAUUCUAAGACCUUGAA